AUGGAAUUCAUGGAUAUUAUUGGAGAGCUACAAUCGCUCCCCGAUAGUAUUCAUAUUCUUUGCCCCCGAAAACACGAUGACGACCAUGCGCGGUACGAUGAUGUGAACCAAGUGGAUGAAACUGGGAAGUCUGUUGCGGAUUUGGUGUCGGAGGCCAACAGCCGCAAGGAGAAGUUCUUGUCAUGCAUGAGGAUAUUGGCGUAUAAUCAAGAGGGGGUGGAGGAAGUACAGACGUGGAUAUGGAGAAAAUUGGACGACUCACUUGAGAAGUGCGACCUCUGCAUCAAGCAAUACUAUACAGGAAAGAUAUGGCUCAUGGAACAUCUCAAGGAAAGUUAUGAUGAUGAGGAUAUUGACAAGUUUUCUCGGUUGCUUGACGAAUGGGACAUCAAGCGUAUUACAAGAAAUCUCACAACGGCGACAGCAAAGCUCAAAGAAGUCCCGCCCCAAGAGAUCGGGCUCCAUGUGCUGGAUCGAGCUUCUCUACUCUCAAUAUUUGAGACUUUGAGUUGUGACGCUAUGCUCCGUAAUGACAGCCUUCUGCAGGAGUACUUUGAUGUACCGUUCAAAUUAAUACAGACGAAACGCAGUCUGAAAGUGUCUGACUACAUCCCCGCCGUCACUCGAUUUCUUUUUGACCCCAACCAAAACCGCAGCUUCUGGGCCAUCCAUUCUUGGAUGCGUUACGCUCGUCCCCCGACGACAAUGGAAUUCGACUGGGCAGUCAAAGAAGGGCUUCUUGAUGCGCUAAGGACGGCUUCCCAGCAGCCGACGCAAUUAGCUGUAAUCCAACGGCUGUGGCGUGGUAUGCAGCUUGUCGUAAGAAGAUUGGACAAGGACCAGAUUACCCAUCAUUUACGGGCGCUGGAAAUUGAUCCCUGCCGCCUCUCUGUGGACCACCUCGGUAUCCAAUCUCCCGGGCUACGCUUCCUCCUGAACACCAUACAGAUAUUCCUGGAAAAGGCACCGGGUGACUUCUGGGAUGCAAUGCAAACAAUAUCGCCUCAGGCCUUGAUUGAGCUAGUCUUCUAUAACCCUCAGUUGGAUGCUUUCUUGAUGCAAGCUACUGAGGGUGAGCCGUACGAGAAAUCUGCAAUGAAGGACAUGUUGUCAUGGAUUAGUCCAUUCAUGUCGUCACUGAAAGGUGCUCAUCAACCUUCGGCCUGCAGAUCCCUUGUCUACCAGCUUCUUGACCGAUUGCAAGAUGUGCGAUUCCCGAAUCUCGCCCGUUACCAUUGUUUUCAUACCGGACUAGCGAUAUUGCUCCAUACACUUCGCAGUUUCACCGACCACGAGUCGUCAAGGGGAUCUGUGGAGCGUAUUGUGUUGUCAGAGACCCUGGGCGUCGUAAGCGCCAAUAUUGAAACCAUUCUGAAGCCUCCUCAGUUUGCGGUUGAGCAGGGUCGUCAGCGAGAAAUAGCCUCUCUCUGUAUGGAUGUCAUUCGCAACACGCUUGCUCUCGAGUGCCAAUCGCUCAAGAGUGAUUACGAAGUUAUCCUCCGACACAAUACAUUACAGCAUGGUGUGAGUACAUAUUCGGCUACUAUAUGGGAUGCAGUCGUCAAACAUUUGCAUGAAGACAAUCUGGCCCUGUCAACGUCGGCAUUGCUUGGAAUUUUGCCGCUGGUCGGUCUCGAGAAGUUUCCCACGAAAGGAGAAUCUAGCCCGGAGAAGACACAUUUCAAUGUUAUUUACGGGCAUCUCACUCAUCUCUCCUGCCAAAUUAUAGAGCGCCUUGCAGAUUUUAGGCCCGAGCAUCUUGAUGAACUUUUCAAGAGUCAAGAUACUAGUAGUGCUCUGAUUUCUGCUCUUUUCGCGGCAGAUUUGAACACUUACCAGGCUGCUGUUGAUCUCAUCAAGAAUGUUAGCGGUCAGUCUGCUCGGCGGGAUGCAAUCUCCCAUCUUCUGCAAUCCUUCUUCAUCACGACCAUGUAUGGGCUGAGUUGGUCUUUCCGACGCAUCUCGAACAUGAAGACCUUUGCCUCUGCCCCGAGGAUGUUACACACAGGGACGGACAUUGUUGAUAUCCUCUGCGAUAGUCAAACUGGCAUGCUGAGAACACGGAAACUCGCUGACCGCAGGGAAGUAUUGUCACUGCAGAAACUCUGGGAGUAUCUCUGGCAAGCUUUGACAACAAUCUUCGACGAGACAGAGACAUGGCACUUGAGAGGAAACGACAAGGCUGUGAUGUUAGAGUUCUGUCGAGAUACCAUCCAAUUUGCAGAUCUCCUUUUCGGGCAGUAUGGUGUCUUCUUGAGCGCUGUCGUUGACGCAGAUCCAAAUCAAGAGAACUCUGCCCGUGAGAACUUCCUCAAGUCUGCAACCACAACGAUGAGCGCAAUGGUCAAAUGGCUUCGGCUGAAAGAUGAAUACUUAGCGACAACCUUGGUUGGGCUUGUGUCUAAGAUUCUGCGACGCUUAGGGGAACUAAGCGUAACCACCGUGAAACAGGAUGCAUUGAGCUUCAUCGAGGGCGUGGCAGUUAAUGGUUCUAUUAAGACUAUAUUGACACUGCGCGAAAAGGCGGAGCUUGUACGAGCUCUUGAAGCCUACUACAAGAAGCCUGUUGUUACUGCUUCCACCGCCAGCCUCAAGAAGCAGAGCACGAUCACGGCUUUCGCCAAACCAGCCGAGCUUUCAGCCACCCCAAGCCCGUCUAGGUCCGCUGAUGACUAUGACGAUAACGUCCCAGAUGAUGUCUUGCUUCAGCUGUCGAGGUCUGUCGAGCUCAAUAAGGAAAGGGUAGCUACAGAAGCCAAGAAAAAGGCAGAAAGAGCUGCCAAGGCCCUUCCAGCAAUCCCCAAACCAUCCCCAGCGCCCUUAAGACCAGCUGUGACUGUCCAAGCUUUCCGUGAGAAGCGGGAAAGAGAACGAGAAGCCAAGAAGAAGCGUGAUAUGGCUGAGCUAGCGCGCCUAAAGAAGGGCCUUCCCGCGCUAGGUGUGGCUGAGCAGACCGCUGAACAGGGCUCUGGGCUUGCUGGAAUUGGAGUCAAGGGCAAGGACCACACCCCUGCUGAGAGUAUGAUGGUCUCAUCUGGAUCGGAAUCGGAAUCAGAAAGCGAAGAUGAGAUCGAUAAAGAGCUUUUCGGGGCCAAAACCAGGAAGCCUGAUGCGGUUAAGGCAUACGAGGAGAGCAAGCGGAUGUCAUUGAAGCAACAAGGGCCAGUCAAGAAGAUCAAGCAAGUGCGGUCUGCAAAAGAUAUGCGUGCACGACUCGCACCCGAUCUCUCCUCUUUGCACCGCACAAUACUUGCCUGGGACUUCUUCGCGAAUGGCGAUCUUCCGCCAAACUCCGGACGUACGGAUUACAGCCUAGUUUCUAACGCUUUCAGAGACCCUGUCGAAUAUCAAAGAACAUUCGAGCCGCUCCUUAUCCUGGAGGCAUGGCAAGGAUUUCAGUCCUCGAAGGAAGAGGGUACAUUUAAGCCUUUUGAAGUGAAAGUUGCCACGCGGUUGUCUGUGGACUCGUUCGUCGAAGUCAGUACGGCUAUACCAGCUAUGGAGGCCAAGGACUUUGGGCUUGGUGAAGCCGACAUUGUCCUGCUGUCGAAAGCAAGCUCACCGACCGGCGAUUCAUCGGCUCCUCAUUGCUUAGCCAGGGUCUCUGGCAUCAACAGAAAGAAGGGAAUGGUCGAGAUUUCCUAUAGAGUUAACCCCGGUAAUCCUUUCAUCAAUUCUCUUGGUCCGGGAGCCAUAAUCUGGGGCGCAAAGAUUACGUCCCUAACCCCACUGGAACGUGAAUAUGGUGCACUCAUGGCUUUGCAGUAUUAUGACCUCUGUGAAGAGAUUGUAAGAGCGAAGCCAUCACCGAUCCUGAAUUACUCGGAUGCCAGUCUGAAGCCCAUUGCAGAGAAUUAUACAGUCAAUUCUGCACAAGCCAAAGCAAUCAAGUCUGCGCUUGAUAAUGAUGCUUUCACUCUGAUCCAGGGACCUCCAGGAUCUGGAAAGACCAAGACAAUUGUGGCACUCGUAGGUGCCUUAUUGAGUAAUGUCCUUGGUAACCAAGGUGUUGCUAUUUCACGACCCAUGGGAAAUGCCAAGCCUGCUGGUGGAAGGACGACUACAUCGAAGAAGCUCUUGGUUUGCGCUCCCAGUAAUGCCGCUGUUGACGAGUUGGUCAUGAGAUUCAAGGAGGGAGUGAAGACUAUACAUGGUCGUCAGGAGAAGCUCUCUGUUAUCCGCUUAGGAAGAAGCGAUGCUAUCAACACCAAUGUACUUGACGUCACCCUAGAUGAGUUGGUCAACGCUAGGUUAAACCAGACAGCACGCAAAGAUCCAGGGGAGCGCGAUCUACAGAAAAUCUACAUGGAGCACAAAGCUGCAGAUACCGCUUUCAAGGAGACUCGGGCUCGGAUGGAUCAGUGCCGAGCACAAGGAUUGCCCGUUCCUGCGGAGUUGGAGCGAGAAUUUGACCUGCUAAAGAAGAAGAAGACACAACUGAGUCAGGAGAUUGAUAGCGCCAGAGACAAGAACCACUCGGCAGCUCGAGACGCUGAACUAACUAGGCGACGUAUUCAGCAGGAGAUCAUCGAUGGCGCUCAUGUUAUAUGUGCGACGCUGAGCGGAAGUGGCCACGAAAUGUUCCAAAACCUCAGCAUCGAGUUCGAAACCGUUGUUAUUGAUGAAGCGGCACAGUCGAUUGAAUUGAGUGCGUUGAUCCCGUUGAAGUACGGUUGUUCUAAAUGUAUUCUCGUCGGUGAUCCCAAGCAAUUACCGCCAACUGUCUUGUCAAAGGUCGCUUCCAAGUUCCAAUACGAGCAAAGUCUGUUCGUCAGAAUGCAAGCCAACCACCCGAGGGAUGUGCACUUGCUGGAUAUCCAAUACCGUAUGCAUCCAGAAAUCAGUGCUUUCCCUAGUUCUGCGUUCUACGAUGGCCGACUACAAGAUGGUCCUAACAUGGCUCAACUUCGCGUUCGGCCUUGGCAUCAAAGUGAACUUCUCAGCCCUUACCGAUUUUUCGACGUGCAAGGUCUUCAUCAGAGUGCUGCAAAGGGACACUCGUUGAUCAACAUAGCAGAACUUAGGGUGGCUAUGCAGCUGUAUGAACGCUUGGUGACAGAUUUCCGUGCCUUCAAUUUCGAUCGGAAGAUCGGUAUCAUUACGCCAUAUAAGGGCCAACUGAGAGAACUCAAGACACAGUUCGCUGCCAGAUAUGGCAACGAGAUCUUCAACAAAAUCGACUUCAACACAACGGAUGCUUUCCAGGGUAGAGAAAGCGAAGUUAUCAUCUUUUCUUGUGUGCGAGCCUCCAAUAAAGGCAUAGGUUUCUUGGCCGACAUCCGUCGUAUGAACGUCGGUCUCACACGUGCCAAGUCAUCUCUUUGGGUUCUGGGAAAUUCUCAGGCGCUUGUCCAAGGCGAGUUUUGGAAUGGUUUAAUUAAAGACGCACGCCGAAGGAAUGUAUAUACGGAUGGUGAUGUACUCAAGAUCCUCCAGCGGCCACAGUUCACUGGGUAUCAGAACGUCGACAUGCUGGAUGCACAGACUGAGGCUUCAGUGGUGCAGUCGAGGGCUGCAUCGGCUGCACCUGUCUCACGACCUUCGUCAGCAUCUGCGCGUAACUCCCCAUCAGUGUCUGUUUCCGAACAAGAAACUCCUCCGGUGCCUCCCGAUGGCCCAUCUGGAGGCGGAAAUGGCCUGGAUGAGACCCGCACGUGCGGAUAUUGUGGAAGUUUCGCUCACAUGACACAUAACUGCGACAAUAUUGACGCAAAAGAGGCAACCAGGGGUACCUGCCACAGAUGUGGGGAAACUGGGCACACACGCUUCCAUUGUACUGCUCCGCGAUGUGUGGAAUGCGGACAGUUUGGACAUGUCUCACGCGAGUGCCGAUCCACUAAGACUCUACCGAAACAUGAGAGAUCCAAAAUUGCGCGGGAGGAGUCCUAUCACGUACAGAACCAGAAGCAAAGAACGGAGCGCCAACGACAAAGGCAACUCGGAGGUCAUGAUCCCAAGGUGCCUGUUGUCCAAGCUACGCCGAGUGAUGAUGGCAGUGGCCCAGUGAAGAGGAAACGUAACGACUCGCCACCGACAAAUGCUUCGAAGGCCUCGCGGCCGCGGACUGAUAAAGCAAACGCUCCUCCACCCGAGGCUCCCAAGGGUCCGCGACGUGGCAAGAUUGAUGCUAACAUUCCAUCCAAUACAGAGGGAUUGGUAAGACCAUCUCGGGAUGGCCCAGCGUAUGGUCCUCUUGACAAAGGCAAAGCUACUAUCAACGGUCCUCAACCAGGACCGGGCCCCGCCAACGCACCCCCACGUUCUGGACCACCAAGACCCGGGAAUGGCGCCCGACCUCCCCCGAUGCGGAAAAAGAAGGAAGCCGAUCCAUUCAUUAGGCCAAAGCGGAGAUAG